AUGGAGGCUGCUGCGGGCAUGAGCGCCGCCAGUGAUGGCGGCAGGCGCCCGCUGCGGGUGUUCUUCCUGCCCUUCUUCGCGCGGGGGCACCUCAUCCCGAUGACCGACCUGGCGUGCCGCAUGGCCGCGGCGCGGCCGGCGGAGGUGGAGGCCACGAUGGUGGUGACGCCGGCCAACGCGGCGCUGAUCGCCACCACGGUCACGCGCGCCGUGGACGCGGGGCACGCGGUGCGCCUGCUCCGCUACCCGUUCCCGGACGUCGGCCUGGAGAGCGGGGUGGAGUGCCUCGGCACCGUCGCCCAACACGACGCCUGGCGGGUGUUCCGCGCCGUCGACCUCUCGCAGCCGAUUCACGAGAAGCUGCUCCUGGAGCACCGCCCCGACGCCGUUGUCGCCGAUGUGCCCUUCUGGUGGGUCACGGGCAUAGCCGCGAAGAUGGGCGUCCCGCGCCUCACGUUCCACCCCGUCGGCAUCUUCGCGCAACUCGCCAUGAACAACCUCUACGCCAUCCGCUCUGACAUAAUCCGGGACGGCGUUGCCGCCCCGUCAGUCAUCGUGCCGGGGAUGCCAGGGAAGGAGAUCGCCAUCCCGCCGUCGGAGCUCCCGGAGUUCCUCCUCCAGGACGCUGUUCUUUCUAUGGAGUGGGACAACAUCAAGGCGGCCCAGCUCGCCGGCUUCGGAGUGAUCGUGAACACCUUCGCCGACCUCGAAAAAACAUACUGCGACGAGUACAGACGCGUCGACGCGCGCCGCGCCUACUUCGUCGGCCCCGUCAGCCUGCCGUUGGACUCCGCCGUGCACCGGGGCGGCGAUGGCAACGUGGACUGUCUAGAGUGGCUAUCGACCAAGCCGAGCCGAUCGGUGGUGUACGCCUGCUUCGGGAGCUGGGCUUGCUUCUCAGCGCGCCAGAUCCGCGAGCUCGCGCUGGGGCUGGAGGCCUCGAACAAGCCAUUCCUGUGGGUGGUCCGCUCCGAGGACUCCGACGGCCUGUGGGUGCCGGAGGGAUGGGAGCAGCGCGUUGCCGACCGCGGCAUGGUCGUCCGAGGGUGGGCACCGCAGCUGGCGGUGCUGGCCCACCCGUCGGUGGGCGCGUUCCUGACGCACUGCGGGUGGAACUCGGUGCUGGAGGCGGCGUCGGCAGGCUUGCCGGUGCUGACGUGGCCGCUGGUGUUCGAGCAGUUCAUCAACGAGCGGCUGGUCACCGAGGUGGCGACGUUCGGCGCGCGCUUGUGGGACGGCGGCAAGCGCAACGUGAGAGUGGAGGACGCGGACACCGUGCCAGCAGAGGCGAUCGGUCGGGCGGUGGCCGGGUUCAUGGAGGGCGGAGAGCGGUGGGAUAAGAUGAGGGCAAGAGCAGGGGAGCUGGCUGAGAAGGCGCGUGCCGCGGUCAGCGAGAACGGGUCGUCGUGGCGCGAUUUACACCGCGUGAUCGACGAUCUGACUGAGGCUAAUGCCUCGAGGGUUCGCAGCAACGGGGACUCAUAG